CACAUACCUUCACUUCUUCCUUACACUGCAGCCAACGUUGAAGCGGAGAAAGUCUGGGUAGUUAGAAGUGUGCCUAUGGUGUUUCAGGAUUCUCAACUUUUCUCACUUGGUUGGGAAUUACUGCUACAGUUCAAAGCUUCUUCAUUAAUGGGGUAAGAAGAGUGACUUUUGGGAUCUGCUGAACCUGAAGAUUGCUUGACAGAAGUUUCUGAAAAGGUUUUUGAGUCAUGAUGCAAGAAUCUGGAACUGAGACAAAAAGUAACGGUUCAGCCCUUCAGAAUGGAGCAAGCACUGUCAACUCCUUACUAGAUUGCACCCUACGUGAAGUAAGACCAAACGGAGAGACACCUUCGUUGGAAAUCGGUGCUGCGGAUCUUGCCCAUCUUCAGCAGCAGCAGGCUCUUCAGGUAGCAAGACAACUUCUGUUACAGCAACAGCAGCAGCAGCAGCAACAACAACAACAGCAGCAGCAGCAGCAGCAUCAACAACAACAACAAGUUAGUGGGCUAAAGUCUCCCAAGAGGAAUGACAAACAGCCAGCCCUUCAGGUAAGAAAUGUUAUUUUUUUUAAACAGAUUUGACUUGCUUGAAUAAGA